AUGAAUGCUUUGGCCAAGAGCUCCAAGAAACCUGUAAACCCUCUAGCCAAAACUACUCUGCCUAGGGCUAAAACCUUACAAAAACCCAAGUCUACCCCUAAACCAAGGGUAAAGACACCAGCCAAGACCAGGACGUGUCCGUCAUUUAUGGCCGCAUUCAAACCUUAUACCAAGCCUGCCCCACCACCAUUUAUCCCGAACAUAACCUUGGUGGGUGCAACGCAUGAACCCCUUCCUACCUAUGCCCAUACUACACCAUCUCCAGUGGUGCAUCCACCUCCCUCUCUAUCCAUUGAACCCUUGGCCACAAUUUACUUGGUGGAAUCAGACACGUCUAACCAGCCAUCACCUUCACCCAUCCUAAUAUCCUCUCCGGGGACGCCUCACACCCCUGUGGAAACCCCGCCAUUCACUCCACCUAUCUCAGCCUCUGACAGUCCUGCGUCAAAGCAUAACCUUGAAGACUUGGCAGAGUCAGCAAGACGUGAUGAAGAGGAAGUAUUUGGAGCUAUUCUAGAUCGCUCAACCAAGAGCAAGAAGCAACUCAAGUGA